UAAUGACGUUUAAAAAGUGGCACGCUCGGCUUCAUACAAUUUUUGACACAUGCUGCAUCUAUCCAUAUCUGUGGUUAACGGGGGUUUCCGGAAUAACCUAAAAAUCUUUACAGAAAUAAACAAGUUACAAAAACAGAUUUAUUUUCUAAAAUUCAUAUUGAAAUGUCUUUAGAUACAGACGAUGAAUUCGCAGAUUUUAAGGUUCCUCCAAUCUUCGAUGAUUUAAAUGAAAGAGUAAAAGGAUACCUUUUGAAACCUGAGAGGCUUUCGAUUCAUAAGUGGGAGAGGUCGCAGACCCAUUGGCAUCGCAAGUCCGAUGUUAAUUCUCUGUUUACGAUAGAUGAUGACGAAAUUGGACCUGACACGACCCUCGAGGUGGUCCGAGACCCAAUAACAGGUGAAAUAGUUGGUAUUGAAGAAGUGAGUAUACCAGUAGAGGAUGAUGAAGAUAGCAUGUCCAUGUCACGGGCCCCCCUGCCUCCCAGUCUGGCCACCAGGGGGACCACGACUCAAAGUCCCUUCUUACCUGCGGGAUUUGAGGAAGAACUUGACAGAAUGCUCAACGAAGUCGCACAAUUUGAGAAGAUUGAUAUUGAUUUGGAGAAUGAUGAGCCAGGAAAGUUUUUGGGAGAAGAUAUUCUUACGAUCCCACCUGGUUGCAAAGAAGGUGUGUUAUUCCACGAAGAUGGCAUGACUGUCUUGAACCAUGAAAACAAGGAAGAGACAGAGAAAGUGGAUGAUGAAGAAAAAGUGGACAUUCAAAUUAAAAUUAAUUUGGAAGAAGUUGUGGAUAAUAAUGCUCAUUUAGUUGGUCUAUGGAAAGAUGAAGAACCGCAACCAAAAGCAACAAAACCUAAAAAGGUGGAAAUGCAAAUAGAAGGGGAAGACGAUAACUUCCUCGAAAGCACCAUCAUCCAUCCACCUGAAGAGCUGCCAGAAAUACCAAUUUUAAAUAUCACCAGUUCCAACGUAAGGACCGGAGUGACUUCUACAGAGUGGGCAGAGAUGAUAGAUGUGUCACAGCCCGUGCCUGAGUUUAAAGAGAAAAUUAAAGACAUGGCCCACACUUAUCCGUUUGAGUUGGAUAACUUCCAGAAACAGGCUAUAUUGAAGUUGGAAGAAGGACACCACGUUUUUGUAGCAGCACACACGUCUGCUGGAAAAACUGUCGUGGCUGAAUAUGCCAUUGCCAUGUCCAGAAGAAAUUGUACGAGAGCGAUAUACACGUCCCCAAUCAAGGCGCUAUCAAAUCAGAAGUACAACGACUUCAACAAACAAUUCGGCGAGGUCGGUCUGUUGACAGGUGACCUCCAAAUCAACGCGACCGCUCCUUGCCUUGUGAUGACCACAGAGAUUCUGCGAUCCAUGCUGUAUUGUGGCUCUGACGUCACUAGGGAUUUGGAGUUUGUUAUUUUUGACGAGGUCCACUACAUCAACAAUGCUGAGAGAGGCUACGUAUGGGAAGAGGUGCUAAUAUUACUUCCCGCGCACGUCAGCAUUGUGAUGUUAAGUGCGACAGUACCCAACACUCUUCAGUUCGCGGAUUGGGUCGGUCGCACUAAGAAGCGAAAGGUCUACGUUGUGUCUACGCCUAAGAGGCCUGUGCCGCUCUGCCACUACUUGUAUACAGGAUCGGGUGGAAAAUCUAAAAACGAAAGGUUCUUAGUGAUCGAUCAAGAAGGCAACUUCCAGUUAAGAGGAUACAACGAUGCAGUAGCGGCCAAAAAGGCUAGAGAAAACGAAUACAAGAAGGGUUUUGGACCUAAAGCCGGUGGAAAGCAAUUCCAAAACCCUAAAGCUGACCAGACUAUGUGGGUAGCCUUCAUUGACCACCUGAGACAGAAGGACAAACUUCCAGUUGUUGCGUUCACACUAUCACGGAACAGAUGCGACCAAAACGCUGAAAACUUGAUGUCCGUGGAUUUAACGACUGGCAAAGAAAAAAGUCAUAUCAAAUCAUUCUUCCAGAGGUGCCUUCAAAGACUAAAGGAGCCUGACAGAAGAUUACCACAAGUGAUAAGACUGCAGAGAGUGCUUGAAAAUGGUAUAGGGGUUCAUCACAGCGGCAUUCUGCCGUUGCUCAAAGAAAUUGUAGAAAUGCUGUUUCAGACUGGUUAUGUGAAAAUUCUCUUCGCAACGGAGACCUUUGCCAUGGGAGUGAACAUGCCAGCUCGAACGGUGGUGUUCGACGAGGUGACUAAGUUCGAUGGCCAGCAGAGGAGGACCCUAGCCCCAGCCGAAUACAUACAAAUGGCGGGCAGAGCCGGGAGAAGAGGGUUGGAUGACACCGGUACUGUGAUAAUACUGUGCAAAGACGGAGUUCCCGAUCUGGUGACACUGAAAGGCAUGAUGAUGGGCAUACCUCAAAAGCUGUCUUCCCAAUUCCGACUCACCUACGCCAUGAUAUUGAGUUUACUGAGAGCAGCGACAGUUUCAGUAGAAGGCAUGAUGCAGCGAUCCUUCCGCGAGUUCAACCAGAUAUGCCAAGCGGACAACCACAGAAAACAGUUGCAACUCGCCGAAAAAGAAUAUUCUGAGAAGUGUAGCACUCCAUUACCCUCCCAUCUAGCACCACUAGCAUCAUUCUACGAUACAGCUGCAGGGUAUAUCGAUGUAUUGAACGACAUAAUGCCGCUUUUGUUGAACCAAUCGAAAGUCGCCAAAGAAAUGGUCGCGGGAAAGGUCCUGGUGAUAUCCGCGGGGCCGUAUAUCAACCAGCUGGGAGUGUAUUUGAAUGGCAAUGGGCCUCGCCAAACUCCAUACAAAGUAUUGGUUUUGAACACGGCCGAAAAAGAUCCUGCAAGGUACAACUUUGAAGUCGACGACAACUGGUUCCGAAUGCUGAGUUUCUCCACAAUGUAUGAUGGAAUAGGGACUGAAGAGAGCACUAUGGACCACACAAUAUUGUGCAUAGCUCCUAAAAACAUAGUCGCUAUCACGAAAAUGAACUUGAAAAUAGACGUCAACAUUAUCAUUCAGGAUUGGGAAAAGCGACAAAUGCCUAGGUUUAAAGACGCCCCUAUAGGUUCAACAUGUGCCAGCGCAGUACAAGAGCUCUCUCGUAUCUCGCACGCGGUUCGCACGGGCGCCACCACUUUAGAACACGUCAGCCUCACGCAGUCCAUGGCUAUAUCCACCGGGGAGAUACUGCAGACCCUGGACAAGAUGAACAAGCUUAUGGCCGAAUUAGUAGUACAAAAGAAAUGUACUGACAUAGCGAACUUCAAGAGCGAAUUUGCGAUCGUGUAUGAACGCAAGCAAACCGAGAGGAAGCGAGACAAGUACAAACGGCUGCUGUCUUUCGAAAACUUGGCACUUUAUCCAGACUACCAGAGGAGGUUAAUGGUGCUGAGAGAACUGAACUACAUUGACGAACAUGACAGCGUCAUACUUAAAGGUCGAGUAGCCUGCGGCAUGGGCACAAACGAACUGAUAAUAUCCGAGCUAGUAUUCCGAAACGUGUUCACGGAUAAAAGUCCAGCGGAGAUUGCGGCGUUACUCAGCUGUUUUGUGUUCCAAGCGCGCACUCAAAUAGAACCACAGCUGACUGAGAAACUGGCCGAAGGCGUGAAAGCUAUAGAGCUUAUUGACGAUGAGCUCACCAAAAUUGAGUCGAAAUAUUUGGUCGGUCAAUUCGAAGGACAGGCAGAGAGACUGAACUUCGGACUAGUGAGGGUAGUCUAUGAAUGGGCGCUGGAGAAGCCCUUCGCAGAAAUUAUGGAUCUGACAGAUGUGCAAGAGGGAAUUAUAGUGAGGUGUAUUCAGCAACUCCAUGAGCUACUCAUUGACGUAAAAGACGCGGCAGUAGCCGUGGGUGACCCCAAGCUUCAAGCCAAGAUGAUGGAAGCGUCCACAGCCAUCAAGAGAGAUAUUGUCUUCGCGGCCAGUCUCUACACAACGCAGAAAGAGUCUGUCACAGUCUAGAAUAAAAUAUAACUAUAGUCUGGUCUGUGAGCACGUAGAAUUUUGUCCAAUGACCCCAUCCUUAUCGCUCGCGUGCAAUUAUAUUGCUGUCGCGACUGUGCGACGGGCGUCCGCAGUGAGUGUGCGAGCGCGACAGCAACAUAAUUAUGCGCAAUUACAUUAAGGAUGGGUAGCUUGGGGUCAUUGGACAAAAUUCUACGUGCUCACAGACCGGGCUUUACACGCCAAAGCCAAGCAAUAACAAUAAACGUACCUAUAUUUAAAGGCUUUAUAAAAUAUAGACGCAUGGCCAGUAAAUUAAAUGGUAAUUAAAACUAGCUCUGUCUGAGUUUAUUAGCUAAAUUUUAUAGCUCCUAGCUAGCUAAAAAGAGAUCUAUAAAUUUUAGCUAUUAAACUCAGGGAUAUCACGAAAAACCUCAAACAAAAACAAUAGUUGCCUUAAUAAAACAGCUUCCAUGUUAUUCAUGAUGUAUCCAAUAUCUAGAAUAUUCAUAAGUUUACUCUGAAAUAUAUUGUAGUUUUUUAUAAUCUACAUUGCACACACAAUAUUAGAGCAAAUAGAAAUAAUAUUUAAAAUCAUGUAUGUCGUGAAGAUGGAUAUUUACUAGUGUUUUGAACAACAUUUUUAUAUUUAAACUUUUGCGCUGUUUAGCCACCGUUAUAAAUUGGCCUUAGGUCCGAAUGAUAGUACAAAUUUACAUUGCUAUAGUUGAAAUGUAAUUAAAUCCUACAUGCUUCUUAUUAAACUGCAAUACUGUUGAUGAAUUUACUAAGUACAUAUGAGACAUAUGUAUAAUAUUGUUAUAAAAGAGUUUAGCUUGUUUAAUGCUGAUAUGAAGUAGAGCAUGAUAUCGCUAGCAUUCUAGCAAAAUUUAAAGCAAUAAAUACAUAAUUUGCAUUGCCAGCAAUGAGAUGCCUUAAUAUUGUAUGGUACAAUAUUAUAAGCCUUGUAAUAGAAUAUUGUUAUACUAAGUCCUUUUUUACCUGUAUUUUGUUAUAAUAUUGCUUUGUAAUAUUCUCUAAAUCCCGGUCGCCGAGCGACUGUGCGAGAGGCGGCCGCAGUGAUUGUGCGAGCGCGACAGCAACAUACGUGAGCGAUAAGGAUGGGUUGGGUAGCUUGGGGUCAUUGGACGAAAUUCUAUGUGGUCGGCGACCGGACUAUAUUUAAGCACAGUCUACAUAAAAACUAAAGGUAUUAAAAACCAUGAUAUUUUAAAAAUUAAAAAGAUCUCUGUUAACCUAAUUUAAUUGCGCUUAAGUAUUCGCGUGUAUUGUAAAAAUGCAAGAUUAGAAUUUGAUCGACAUGUUCUAGCAUUAUUACACUACCCGCGAAUGCUCCCUUUUAGUGAUCAUCCGUUUUGUAAUGUUUCGUGUUCGUUAUUAAAGUAUUCCAAUCUUA